AUGCAUUUAAAUUACAUUGUUUUACUUUUAUUUAGUUUUUUUUCACUUUCAUUAUCAACGUAUAAAUCAGAAAUAGGAAUAUUUGAAAGAGUAUUGAAUGAAGAAACAUGCUCAAGAAAUUUGUUGACCGUUUUAAAUAGCAAAAUAAUUGAAUUUGCUACUAAUUGUAAUAAUUCUAAAUCAAAUAUUUACGUGAAAACUAAUGAAGAAUAUGUGUUAAAAGAUGCAUGCUUGUUAGCUAACAACAUGCUUUAUGAAUUAUGUCAAAGAAAUGACAUUAAAUUUGAUUUAUUACCUUUAAAUGUUGAUAAAAUAUGCCCAAUUAAUUUUUUCAAUAUUAGUUCAUCAGGACAAAAUAAAUUUUUAAAAUUAAAAGAAUUACUUUCAAAUGAAACUUAUUGUUCAAGGAUUUGUUACGAUUUAGACUUAAUUCAAGGACAAUGCUUCUCUUUAGCUAAAAUAAAUGAUUUAUACUUGAUGCUUAACAAAAAAACAACAACAACAACAACACAAAGCAACAAGGAAACUGAUGAUAUAAUUAUUAAUACAGAUUUAAAUGAGAAUCCUCAAGAAAGUACUAAUAAAGUUAACAAUGUAAACACUGAAAAAUUGCAAAAUAAAACUACAACCAUUUCAGGAACAAAUUAUGAGAAAAUAAAUAAUACUUUACAGUCACAAAGUGGUUUAAAUGAGGAUCAAACACUUAAAAUUGGCGAUUCUAUACAGACUCCAUCAUCAUCAUCUUCAUUAUUAUUAUUAGAAAAUAAAAAUUAUCCAAAGACAAUAGAAACAUUACCUCAAGAUAAUUCACCAUUGAAUAAUCAAAAUCAAGAAAGUGAUAAUACAUAUGAAAAAAAAACAACUUUUAUUCCUGCUAGAGUAUAUAAUAAAGCACAGUUUCGUGAUAAUGAAGAUUUUGACAAUUCUAAUAUUAAUAUUGACACAUAUUCUAAAGAAAGAUUUUUUCAAGCAUUUGCAUUAGAAGGAAAAAGCAAUAGGAGAAACAGAAGGAGACCAAAUACUAAUAGUUAUAAAAAACUUGAAAGCAGUUUAGAAGAAGCAAUAGUUUCAAAUGCACCCCAUGGAAGUGAAACAAAUAUAGUUUACUGA